UUCGCGCGUAAACGGUAUCCCUUCAUUCAUUGUCAGCUUCCUGGAGCCAUUUUUGAGCUGGCAGGGCUGAGACUCGCGCUAGUUUCUAAUCCAUUGCAUCUGCCUAAAUGUGCUCUCAAUAUACUUUUAAACAUACAAAUAUCGGCAAAUAAGAUCAUAAUCUACUCUUUCAUAUCAAUAUUUUUGAAUUUGUCGCGGUGGAUUAUCUGAAAAGGGGCUUUAAACUAAAGGGACAAAGGGUACCCGAGCCCACAAAGAUGAGAAGAGGGAUCUCAUCAGCCCCGGAUAAAGUAAUAAUAGCAGGGGUUGGAGGCUCUUUAGAUAAAAAUGCGGUAUUGACAGCAUUGUCCGACCGGUUAACCCCUCAUUUUACAACUGCCACUUAUAUCCAAAUUAUAACUCCACCGCCCUGCAGCAUUACACAGACUUCAAAUGUCUGUUUGUCCGAACCUCCAGCUGGCAGUAUAUAUUCCACUCCAAACGGAGCAACAAACGGAACCGGACAACGACCUACAUUAGGACGUCCACCGGCCAAGCGGAGGUUGGCGUUGGAUGAGUCGGACCACCAGUACCCCAUCGAAGGAGCCAGGACCCCCAGGGGAAAGGCUGGAGGAGCCUCCGGGCCUGGGCUCAAGAGCCCCAAAACUCCGAGGUCACCGGUAGAGAAGACGCGCUACGACACGUCGUUAGGCCUGCUGACGAAGAAGUUUGUUGAGCUGCUGGGCCAGUCGUCUGACGGUGUCAUCGACCUCAAUCAGGCCGCGGAGGUUCUCAAGGUGCAGAAGAGACGCCUCUAUGACAUCACCAACGUACUGGAGGGGGUGCAUCUGAUCAAGAAGAAGUCUAAGAAUAACAUCCAAUGGAUGGGCUGUAACCUGUCUGAGGAUGGGUCUACGUUGACCAGCAGCCAGAGUCUGAGCCGUGAGCUGUGUGACCUGGGUCAGGAGGAGAGGAGACUGGACGAGCUGAUCCAGAGCUGUACCCUGGACGUCCAACAGAUGACGGAGGCCUCGCACAGCCACAAGUUUGCAUAUGUGACAUAUCAAGACAUCCGUCAGCUACGUCACCUGAAGGACCAGACGGUCAUCGUGGUGAAAGCUCCCUCUGAGACCAAGUUGGAGGUGCCAGACCCACAGGAGGGCCUGUCGGUCCUCCUCACCAGCACCAAGGGGCCUAUUGAGGUGUUCCUCUGUCCGGAGGAGAACAUCGGUAGUCCUGUGAAGAACGGCGGCCCGGAUGUCCAAGGACACUCCUCACCUUUCCUCAAAGUGUCAGCAGAGAGCUCAACAGGUGGCAGCAGUAACGUCUAUGUCCCUCCAGAUCCCUCUGCGGUGAUGGUGACCAACCUGUCCCCCAUCACCUCCCCUUUCACCAGCCUCCUGCUGCAAACGGAGGACCAGAUCCCCUCCUCCCUGUCUGGGCUCCUGGAGGGCCACGGGGCCGGGCCCUUCGUCAACCUGUCCCCCCCUCUCCUCAACGAGGACUACAUGCUGAGCUUAGAGGACGACGAGGGAAUCAGCGAUCUCUUCGACACCUGUGACUUUGACAAGCUUCCUCUGGAAGAACUCAUGUGUCCCUCGAUGUAAGAGGGAGGGGUGGAAGACUGGAUGUGCCCCCCCCUCCCCCAUUACUGAGUAGAGGGAGACAUAGGGGACACUUGUCUCUUCUGUGUUCACGUGUACCAGGAGAGACAGGGAAAUGUCUGCUGUGUUCAUAUGUAACUGUCAUGGAGGAGCAGAGAGGGCUCCGUCUGUAGAGAGAGACUGCACCAUGGGGGGGAGCUCCUUGGCAAUCCUUUCCCUCUGUUUAAAGAGGAUUAGGUACACGGGGCAUGCUGGGUAAAAGAUCUCUCUCUCUCUCUCUCCCUGUGCCUGCCUGUUUGUCAUGGCAGUACACUGGGCCAGGUGGGUGAAAGACCCCCCCCAACCCACCGUCUUUCUCCCUGUACCUGCCUGUUUGUCGAGGCAGUACACUGGGCCAGGUGGGUGAGAGACCCCCCCCCCCCCCCCCAACCCACCGUCUUUCUCUCCCUGUACCUGCCUGUUUGUCGAGGCAGUACACUGGGCCAGGUGGGUGAGAGACCCCCCCCCCCCACACCCGCUGUCUUUCUCUCCCUGUACCUGCCUGUUUGUCGAGGCACUGUAGACUGCCUUAAAACUGGGUCGUGUUCAGUAGGAACAAAAAAAAACAUAUAAACUCAUUGAAACUGAAACAGGGGGAUGUUUUCAAUUUCGGUUGCGGAAAUGUUUAGCCUCGCUUGUGGCCUAAUGAAAACGACCCUGACCAACUCUUUCUCUCACUUCUCAGACCUUCUUGAUCACUGAGAGCUGCCUUUUAUCCAAACUGGUGCAGGUGGAAACCCCUCUGUAACGGUGUGUUUUUAGACAGCUGCUCGUGUGUUCCUUCUGGAUGCUUCUCUGCCGUGUCAGGUGACCAGUUUGACCCUAUGGCUGAUCUACGUUUGUGCCGAUGAGUUCUAUGCUUUUGUCUUCGUAUGUAGAAUAUGGCAGUGAGAGUGAUUUUGGCACAAAAACCAUUGAGUUUGUCUUUGAAACUUUUUAGGAACCAGGGCCUCUACUCUUAAUAUUUUAGAGCAACACUCAUUGUGGAGAUACUGUAUGAUAAAGUACAAGUUGACCCCUUAGUUUCGAUUGGGGACUUGUCAAGAUAUUAUCUCCUACUUAUAACUGACAUUCAUAUUAACUGUCUAAUGACUGACGAGGGAUAUUUAGCCUUUUUUUUGUUGUUGCUGUGGGCAAAUAAUGGAUUUACAAGCGUCAGCCAAAUUUAAAUUCAACAAGUCGUGGUUUAAUCAGAAACCCAAGUUGGUCUGUCCCGGUCUGUAUCGAUUUGAAUGGAUAUUUCCAAGAACAACCACAGUUUAAAAGCAACCGGUAUGUUAUUGCUCUGAUGGAAUUCCUCAAAUGAUCUUGGAAAGAGAGUCUUGGGCUCUGUGCUGAUGAGGCUUGGGCGCUAUACCUUCUACUGGGGAUUUAGAAAUAUCGAUAUCAUGAUUUUCAAUACUUUUCUUUUGGGGGGGUGGGGGGGGGUGUUGUGUGCUGUAUAUCUAAAGGUUAAGUAUAAGGGAAUCUAAGAUGUGUGAAAUGAUAUCCAGCUCAGGGCUCCAGCGUUUGGUUUGCUAACGUGCAAGCUAAGUAGCGAGAUGUUAAGAACAAGCGUCUCUUGUUUACAACAGAGAUAUUCAACCCCCUCUUGGAUUUAAGAGCCCUGUUGCCUAAGUUGUUUUGUGCCUCAAAAAAUAGCGCCCCUUUUGGGUGUACAAUCAGUAUUACCGUAUACCCUCUACAGAUGUACCCUUUAGUCAGCGAGCAAUGCUGUUGUAGAUGGACCUUACGCUUGCUUACGGUGCUCAUCUGAAUAUUUUAACACAGCCAUCACCCCCCCAUUUUAAAAUCACAAGCUCAUGAAUGGGACAUCUCCCUCUACUUAAAGGGAAAUGUGUUUCUGACGGACAUCAACAUUUCUUUUUGUGUGGAGAAGAAAAGGAAGGAACUUUUCACCAAGCAGAUCAAGGGUGGCUACUUGGUUGAUUUGGAUGCCGAAUGAACUCUUAAAUGUGUUCAGUUGUAUGUUCAUUCGGCUAAUUGGGUGGGGGGGGGGGGCUAGAUAUUGUUGGAUCAUUUUUGUCGAUGUCACAGUGAAGUAGAGACAGGAUAGUCUUAAGUUAGCCCUAGAUGAUAAUUGAAUGAUAUUGCCUUGCUGACUGGAUGUUGGUAUAAGCUGGGGGGGGGGGUUGGUGCCCUGAAGUCUAGAAACCAUCUUCUUUAAAUGAAGGUAUGAUUCUGAUCACUCACUAGGUACUGUAGACGACCUCUGGCUCUAGAUGUUGUUUUAUUACUAUGCUAAUGCUUGUUUAUUUUUGGGGUGUUUUAUGUUAGUCAGAUAGGUGGCCAUUUCAGUAGAGGUUCUGAUUUCUAGAGCUGUAGUCAUGGUGACAGACUGUUUGGCUUACCUCUUACCUGAUAGGUGGCCAUUUUUAGCAGAGUAGUCAUGGUGACAGGCUGCUUGGCUUACCUCUUACCUGUAUCUGAGUUCAGAGGUCUAGGAUGGUUUGGUGGUGACUUGAUGGUCAGGCACGUGGAUGUGUUAUGUUGAUAGAAUGAUGCAUAUAUGAAUUAAUAUUCUGAUAUAAUGGCUUGGUUUCCAUUCGUGUGUUUGUGUUUUAGCCAGUUAAUUUGUGUGUGUGUGUGUAAAUGGUUUUUGCGUAGUGAGCGCGUUCCUUGGUGAUAGUAAUGAAACCGAACUCUUCAAGCGAUGAGUUCAUGUAACCAGGGUUGGGGAUUCACUUACGUUAUUGGUGUUUCUCAUGGAGGAGAAUGGAGGAAUUUACUGAACUGAAUAGUUAGGUAGUAUUGUUGCCAUCGUUGAAUUAUCCCAUUUUUCCAUACCUUUUGGGAUUACAAUUUUGCCAGUGUUCGCGUCUCUAAUAUGAUUUUGCUUGUUAUAAAGGUACUGGAAAAUGUAGAAAAAAAAUCCCCCCCAAGUGCACAAAACAUUUUGUCAAUACAUUUCCUCUCUUGAUCUUUAAUUUCAUAUUUAUAUCAAUGUGAAUAUGUAUUUAUAAACUCAACUUGAAUUUGUUUUCUCUUAUACUAAUUAGAUUUUCAUUCUAUAUAAGAAUU